AUGUUUGACCCUCACGUUGACGAUAUGGAAAGCCAAAACGUUAGCUCUGUCGUAACGGGCUCUCGGAAGCCUUCGCCACCCCGCUCAUCGACAAGACCAGUGACGAUCAAUGAGAGGCAGCAGACAGCGAAGUUCCUUGACUCCACGUUCACACGGCAUGGCCUCAACAUCUCUCUACCUCACGAUAAGCUGGAUUACCGCAUCACCAACAUCUCACAAUUCCCACGAACACCGUCCACGACGGGACCAGGCCAUACACCGACGGACGAUAUAGAUGGACGAGCAUCGACCUGGCUCAUGACCCGUGAAGAAGCGAUGUCGCUUCUCGAAGACUUCACUAACAACCCCUUCCACAUGCUCCCCAUCAUUCACGCGCCAACGACUCGGGCCAUGAUCGAUACUUUCUAUAAUACUUUGUCUCAAGGUCAAGACCCCAGUGCGGCCCAGGCAGCCUUGAUCCUCAGCAUCGCGGCCACCAGUGCCUUCUUUUUCAACGAGAACUCCAAGGCUUUCAGCACUUUUGCCUCGUCCGAGGAUGCGACGCAAACCGCUCUGGCCUGGUUCCGAUCCGCGCUCAACAUUCUUGACCAGUCACAGCAGAUCACCUACGGAUGUCUGGCGGAAGUUCAGGCAAGGACAAUACUGGCUUAUCUGAUUUACAACUUUGAGGGGUGUUCGGGGCGAUUCAGAUUUCUGCAUUCCUGUUCUUUGGCUUCCGCGCGGGAAGGGUUGGUCCACCUUGUUGACUCUCCCAAUUCGGAGCAACAGGACGAUGCUACCACCAGGGAAAUCAAAAGGCGCGUGUGGUGGCACAUUGCUGCCACUGAUUGGAUGCUUGGUCUCAUGGGAGGGCCAACGGAUGGGACUUACAGCGUUCAGCCGAGACAGAUGAACGUCAAGUACCCCCGCAACAUCAAUGACGACGCCAACAGUCUUGCCAACGAAAACAUCGACCAUCCAUCGCAUACGGCGACGGGAAUUUCAUGCUUUCUCCGACGAAUCCAGCUCGCCGAAAUCACCCGUUCCAUCAUCGAUGCCAGAACACCCGGCGCUCCUGAUGCAGAGAUUACAAACUACGAUCAAGUCACCGCACUUGAUCGUCUCUUUGCAGAUGCCCUCGCAGAGCUCCCAGAGUUCCUACGUCCCGACGGACCGAUCUCGCCGAGUGCACCUCUGCAUCUUCACCUGCAGAGAGAUGUUGUCCUUCUUGGUUUUCACUCUAGACGUGCCAGAUUGCACAGACCAUUCCUGCUUCACGAUGCUCAAGACGCAGCUUACGAGCGCUCCCGAGACAUCUGCCUGAAGUCGGCCCGGACAGUUUUGUCGAUUGCCAUCCGCUUGUUGAAGGGAUCACAGAAGAGAGAGCCCAUUCGUGCAUACAAUGCAAGAGCCAUGGGCCGCCGGCUGGGAUGUGUUAUAGGACACAUGUUCAUGGCAUGCACCAUUCUUGCUUUGAACGCAGGCUUCGACACCAGUCGCGAUCAGCAGAGAGGAGAUGCGCCAAGUGAUGGAGCGAUUACGGAUGCCACAGCAGAGACGCAUGCUGAAGUUGCACAAGCUUGUCGUGCUCUAGCAUCGGCGGGAGAAGAGUCUGCUGUUGCGGCGAGGCUAGUUCGGAACUUGGCCUGCGUGCUCCGUCGGUAUCGGAUUCAAGGUGUUGAAGACGUUGAAGGGUCAGUAUCGGAGCAUGCUCCCGAGCCAGCUCUUUCUGACAUCCAGGACGCCCCCACGGCCUUUGGUAAAUACUUGGAUGUGGGAGACAUGGCCUUUGGCGUUGAUAAUUAG